AUUUUCAGAAAAUGUCAAAGAUUAAGGGACACAAGAGGCUAGUGAAGGAAAUCAAAGAUCUUCAGGAGAAUUAUGAGGAGUUCAAGAUUCAUUUCCCAGAUCCAGAUACUCUCUAUCUGUUCAACGCUGUCUUUGAUGGAGCAGAGGGAUCAUUGUACGAAGGAGAGACUUUAGAGCUUCAAUUCAAGUUUGAUGACACCUUCCCAUUCGAAGCACCUGAAGUUAUUUUUGUAGGAGAUAUACCCACACACCCUCAUGUAUAUAGCAAUGGGUAUAUUUGCCUAUCAAUUUUGUAUGAUCAUUGGACUCCAGCACUUAGAGUUUCAUCAAUAAUUUUAAGCAUUCUCUCAAUGCUGAGCAGUUGUGAAGAAAAAGUUGGUCCAGAGAACGAUGGUUCAUUCUCAAGAUAUGCUAAAGGAAAAUCUCCUAAAUCCUUCAACUGGGUUUUUGAAGAUGACAAGUGCUAAAAUACUGGAUUAUGCUCUAAAACAUUAAUGUUUCACCUAUAUCUC